AUGACUGAACCACCCAAGAAGAAACACUCCAACAGGCCCAAGUCAUCAAGAUACCAAAGACACUCAGCUGCAGUCUCAAACUACCUGAAAUUCCAAGAAGUCCAACAAAAGCACGAAGCUUUAGAAAAAAUUACAUCAGGCGGAUCAGGACCUGUUAUUCCACGCCCAGGAGAAUUUGCAGUCUUUUCUCGGACUUUACAAGAAAACCCCUCUCGUGAAAUGCUUCUGUCUGAAUUUAUGCAAACGGGCCUUUUAUCAUCCUCUACAACAUUAGUUUCACAAAGAAGCAUGCCUAAUAUAAUGACAUAUAGACCUACGUUUUCCAGAGACUCAGCCAGGCCUAUGCCUACAAACAGAGGACUAUUUUCAAGAGAUUCAGCGAAAACCAGUCCUAUCAGAGAUGAACAAAAUGAAGAAACCCAAGGCGAGCUUAUUUUAACAACUCAAUUAAGAAAUAUCACAAAGCCACAGAUACCUCAUUUAUUGACUUCAAGCAGCUUAGCAAUGCUCAGUGAUGAAGCUCCCCCAAGGCCUGAUUCAAGGUAUUCCAGCUUAUUUUCAUCAUCAAGGCCUACUACAGCUGGAAUUAUCAGAAAAUCAGGGAUUGCACCUAUACAAGAUUGGACAGCAGCUAGAAAUAGAGAACCUCGCAAAGCGCCGAAGCCAGAUUAUAUUGUAAGAAAAUCCAAAACACGAGGCUUAAUUUCGUCAAGACCAAGCACUGCCCAGAGUCCAUCUAAAAUUAAGCAGCUAAGCCCUACAAACUUGCUUAAUGAGACUAAAAAAUUUGACGAAAAAAUUGAAAAAAAGGACUUUUCUAAUGUACCAAGAAAAAGAGACCCAAAUGAAGAAAACCCAGGGUUCACGGUAACUGCGCCUUUAAAUGUAUUUAUUGCUGGAGCCAUAGAAGAAAUAGGGAGAACAGAAAAUACCAAAUUUUUGCCUUUAGAAAUGUAUGACCCUGAGUCUGAGCUCGGGCCUGGUGAAGAGUUUAUAAAAAGUGUGAAACAAAGGUAUGGGAAAGCAAAGGCAUAUUCCAAAUGGUUUUAUCCUGAUGGAAGUUAUGAGUGGAAAGAAUGCGAAAUUUUGAGGUAUAAUAAUGAUAUUGAUAGAUAUGUUGUAUUAUGGCCUAAUGGAAGCGAAAAAAAUGUAUCAAGGAUCAAUUUACGCCUUUUGCAUGAAACUGAAGCGCAUUUUGAAGAAAGACUGAAAAUUGCAGGAAAAUUCAGAGAUUUAGCUGAAAUUAUUAUGAAGUAUACGAAUAUUAUCACAGGAAUGACGUCCCCGACUGUUUCUAUGCCGCUAAGAAUGGUUGAAGCUGUAAUAAAUCGUCUAAAGCCGAAGUUUAAUAGUUCGCUUUUAAAUUAUUAUAGAGUUCCAAUGGAAUUCCGUAGGUAUCCAGCACAUAUUCACCAUGAUCCACGAAACCAUCUAUGAAAAUCUGAAAUUACCCAUCUAAUAGAAGAAACAAUGCAAUAUAAAAAAAUUGGCCUUGGCAGCAUAGAUGAAUAUAAAGAUAGAUAUUACGAUCAUUUAGCUCCUAUAGUCUUAACAACAAAAAUCAUGAAAAAUCCAUUCCAAUUAAACCCUCCACAAAUAGUCAGUCUAAUCAACGAAGUAGAAGAAAAUUUCAUGUACGCCCAGCAUAAAAUGGAAUUUGAAGCUGAUCUCCCAUACAAUAAAGAAAAACAAGAUUUAUUCUGCGAAAUUUUACCCCCUGAAAAAUUCAUACCUUAUAGCGAAAAAAAUUAUGACACAAAUAGAAUAGGGGUAAUAGAAAAGCUGGGCUUUGAUUUCUGGGAAAGAGUUCAAUAUAUUUCAGAAAACCUGCAUCAAGCAUUUCCUGAUACUUUAAAUAUUUUGGUAAAACAAAACCAGCAGAUUAUUGAAUUUAAAAAUUUGAUGCUUUUUAAUACAUUCUAUAUGGUACCUUAUAAGCUUGAAAAAAUGGUAAGAAUGCAUAAGGUAGAGACUUUGAACACGAUAAGAGAGCUUAGAAAUAUUAUGUUUGAUACACAGUUUGGAAUACAAGAUAUCAUCAAUAAAGCUAAUGAAGAAAGAAUUGGGAGAAAUAAUGCAAAAAUAAUGGCGAGGGCAUAUGAAAAUCAAAGCAUUGAUUUAGAACACCAGCUAGCACCAGAAAUUAUUGUAAGGCUGAGAAAGCUACUUUGUCUUUGCAAUCUUGGCUUUGAGCGUGAAAUGAGAAUAUGCUUACUCUCUUUGUAGACAGGUAGGAUAUAUGAUAAAUUCUUUUCUCUUAAAAAUUUAUAAUUUAGCGAGAUUUCUUUAUGGUCAAAAAUCGUAAAUUUAUUAGCGAUUUCCUAUUAAAACAUUAAUAUAAUCUAAAAAUAUUUUUCUAUAUAAAAAAUAUAUAUAUUCCAUAUAGAGCAAAAUUUUAUAUUUGAUUACAAAGGAGGAUUUAGAGCGAUCAUUAUUAAAUCUCCGUGAUCAGCUUCACGAAAUUAAAGAUAUGCUUUUCACUUCUAUGAAUAUCGGCAUUCCAUGUGAAAGAAAAGAGAUAUGUGGUAGCGUCAACGGAAAAGGACUGUGAGGAGCUCCUAUGGAGCAGGUAGGACCCAUCACAAUGAUGGUGAAAUAGUGCCCACGCCACUUUUGAGUAGGCCUUGGGGAUGCCUGCCUAUUCUAUCUCUCCUCCGAAGUUUUCCUGUCCUUACCAGAUGGGCUAGACCGAUUUUGCCUCUCGCUUAAUUUUUGGUUAUCAGGACUAUGGCAUCAUCUGCAAGAGGUGGCUCUAACGUAGGAAACUAUCCUUAGAUUAGGUGAUAGCGUAGAUAGCUUUGAUUAAUGAUUAUCCAUUAUAGCCUUUAACGAUUUAACUUAACUUGUGAAAGAAUCCCGUCCAAAGAAAUGCUCAAAAUAUUCACCAACGAAGAAUGGGAUAAAAAAAACCGAAAACGCCCCUAUUUUAAAUGCGUUCUUAUGACAAAAAAAACUGAAAACGAUGGGAAUUUUAUUAUUGACCCUAGUCUUGAGGACAUCCAAGAGGCCAUUGAUGAUAUCAUAUAUUCUGCAACCAAAGAAAUCCAAGCAGUCCCCAGCAUUGAAACUAGUGAGUUAGGUGCUGCCAGAGACCCUAAUCUUAUAAGAGUUGUAGAAGACAACGACGAAUUUGUAUUUAACGUCACAAAUGAAAUAAAAAUACUUGUCGAUGAGCUGUGAACAGUCCCUUAUAGCUUGCUACAGAUGCUGAAACCUUUUGAAUUUCUUAUAGGGCUGUCUGUCAAAGGCCUAAAGCAGAAAUUUGAGCAAAAAUUCAAAAUUGAAGCAAUUGACUAUGAAAUUAAUAGAUGUAAAGAAGCAUCAGAAAGCCUUGAAUUAAUUUUUGGGAAAAAAGAACGGUUAUACUGUGGACUUUUUGUGAUUAAAAUUGACCAAGUUCAGAAACAAUUAAAAAAUAAAAUAAAAAAAAUAUUAACAGAGCUUGAAACCUUAAUGCUAACAAAAGCAAAAGACCACGUCGCUAAGGUAGAAGAACAAGAAAAAGAAAUCAUUGAAAUCAUAGCCCACGAGCCUGCAAAUUUAGAAGAGCUCAACGACAUGAAAAACUUCAUCGCAACCCAUCUUGGGGAACGUUUAGAAUACGUCAGUAACAUUUUAGGGCAGCUUUUUGGGAUUACUGAAACACUAGAAGACUAUGGAAUCCGUAUAGAUGACGAUCUUUAUUAUAGGACUUGGGAAGCUUUUGGACUUGCCAAACGAACAAUGAAGUACAAGAAAACAUGUGAAAGGACUAUAAGGUUAAAAGAAAGGGACUUUGCAGUACAGCUGACUGAAAGCCAAUAUGCUAUAAUUAAAGAAAUUGAAGAUAUUCGUGACUUAUUAUUUGACUUGAAAAAAGAAAAAGAUAUAGAAAAGUUCGAAGAAGUCAGCAAUGCAUUUGGGUCGUUAAGGGACAGAAUUGAUAAAGCUAUUGAAUUUGGCAAAGUUAUUAAUGUAAGAGAAGGGAUUGUAGGAAUCCGAAGCACAGAUUUCAAAGUUUUGGACUCAGUGAAAUUAGAAUUUAUCAUCAAUUUAAUGGAAUGGUUAUAUUUUUUUAUUUUUUUUUAUAAUGAUUUUAUUUAAUUUUGGGUAGAAUACUCCAUCUUGUAAAUUGUGGUUUUAUAUCAGAGACUUCUUUGAGCAUCUUCCUAUAUGGAUGAAAGGACACUUAGGAGAGCUUGACAGAGAAUCAAUAAAUGCAGAAAUCGAGCUGUAUUUGACAGAGCUUACUAGAAUGCAGAGAAAUACCUUUAAAGAUCAGCCGGCAGGCCUUAAACUUACAACUUCGCUGCUUGAAGAGGUUAAUAAGUUUGCUCCUUAUGUUCCGAUUAUAAAAGAUUUAAGAAACCCUGGGCUAAGAGAUAGACAUUGGGAAUUGCUACAAAAGAAAACUGGGCUAAGCUUAACCAAACAUCUGAAUAUUUCUAUGGAAACACUUAUUGAGCAAGGAAUUAUGGAGUAUCAAGAUGACAUUGAGGAUAUUUCUGAAAUUGGUGAAAAUUCUCAAUUUUUUCCUAAAUUAAUUUAAAAAUAUUUUUUGAAAAAAAAUCAGAUUUCUGAAAGGGCGACAAGAGAACUCGCCUUAGAAAACGCAAAAAUAAAAAUGGAAAAAGAAUGGGACGACAUGAAAUUCCGAUUAGUUCCUUACAAAGAUACAGAAAUAAAAUGGUGAUGUUGACUGAAGAUGGACUCGAAGCAUCCCUAUGGCGCAGAUAGGACCCAUCCAAUGAAGCUGAAAAUAGUGCCUCUGUCAUUUUUAAAGUAGGCUUCGGGGAUGCCUGCCGAAGAGGAAACUUUUUGUUUCUCCCCCAAGGUUUUUCCUUGCAAGGUGGGCUAGACAGGUUUGCCUCCCACUUAGUCUUUGCUUAUCAGGGUGCAAGAGGUAACUUUGACCUAUGAAGCUAAUCCUUAGGUUGUAGGUUUGCAUCAGAUAGGCAAGCUAGAGUUUAUCCUCUUAUAGCCUUAUAAUCUCACUGAACUUUUUACAAAGAUACAAAAAUCUUCAUCAUCGAGAACAAUCAGCCUAUUUGGGAUCUUAUUGACGAUAACCUCGUCAAAACAAUUUCUAUGUGCAAUUCUCCUUAUAUUGAGUUUAUGGCGAAAGAAAUGCAUGCCUGGAAAAAUGGGCUUGUGAAGUUACAAGAUAUUCUUGAUGAAUGAGAAAAAAUGCAGGGGUAUUGGAUAUAUCUAGCACCUAUUUUUAUGAACCCUGAUAUAUCAAAUGAGCUGCCAGAACAAGCUGGAAAGUUUGGGCAUAUUAAUUUCAUGUGGGAAACUAUGAUGAAUCAAGUAAAUUACAGCCCAUUAGUGCUAGAAGUCACAUUUAGCAACCCAAAACUCCAUGAGCAGCUAAAAUACAGCAACAGCACCCUUGAUAUUAUUAUGAAAUCUUUAAAUGAUUAUCUUAAUAUCAAGCGAAAAGCAUUCGGGAGAUUUUAUUUUCUUGCAAAUGAAGAACUUUUAGCAUAAUUAAAAUAUGGCGUCUUCGUCUGGGCAUGGCCUCCCGGCCAUGCAGCCUCGACACAUAUUUUAAUUAUAUCCGGCAAGGUUUUAACAAUCCAGAAAUGGACAACAAUGCUAAGUAAGCAAUUCUGGUAAUGUACAGAGCCUAGCCCUCAGUCCAAUUUCAAGGUUGGGUUUUACCUCGAGGGAAAGGAAGGUUUGGAUUUGGAAAGGGCAAGCCCAGCUGACUCUGCAGGUAAUACCCAGAGCAAUCGGGCAACUGCCUAGCGUGAAACCGGGUGUUACGUCCCGGGAUCCAGAUUUUUCCUUUUGCCGAAAGGUUGAACAGAAAUUCCAUUUUUUGGAAUUUUUGGUUGGGCCAACCUCGUGACUCAUGCAGCAGCCGCAGAAGUCCAUAGUCCGCCCACUCAAAACUAGACCCGAAAGGGAAGGAGGAGACGUACGAAGCAGAACCCCACACUUCAGAAGUGCCAUGGCGUCAGGCGCUGAAGGAGAAGAAAGACGGCGCCAGAGCUGAAACUCGCCCAGCAAGUCAUUGUCCCAAUUUCAAUCAAGGCGAAGCUGAAGAUGGCGCAAAGCGGAUGAACCACCCGUAUGGGUAGGUCCUUGGUGACUGCGUAACCAAUAAGGCAGACGCCACCCUGUAAGUUUAAGUUUAAGUUUAAGAAGAACUUUUAGCAAUUCUUUCAAAUGCAAGAGAACUAGAUAUUGUGCAAAAAUAUAUAGGAAAAUGCUUUGAAGGCAUUAAUACGCUUGUAUUUAAUGAUUAAAUUAGAAUGGGUCUUAAGGGUUAUUUCACCCCCUCGCCGACUUUUUGGCUUCAGGCUGGUUGCCCUUGGCAUCGGCUUGCACUUAUGCCCUUUUCUAUUGACGCUACCAAAAAAAAGUGACUUCACCAUCUUUCUAGGAGACGUGCCCAGACGCUUUCCUUGGACAACUCCUAGCGAUCGGCUUAAACUCUACCUGGGGAUGGGAUUGUAAGUGGACGUCCCAAAUCCUCCUUCUGAUCCCCAUUACUCUCGCUUCAUUAGAUGCUUGGAGUUGUCUUUGCGGACUCUGGAUUCCUUCUCUGUGGGUCGAGGAAAAAACCCCUGUCGUGGUGUCCAGACUGGGUGCAAGACAAAUGACUUUGCCUUUUUUGAUAGUGUCCAUUUCACUGAAAAAUUGAUCGAAAAUUUUUGAUAGUGAGACAUUUGACUGAAAAAAACGGUUUAAUUUUCGGCCAAAUGUCCACACUAUCAAAAAUUUUCGACCAAAUGGAUUUCGAUGAAAUGUAGGCUGUCAAAAAUCUAAGGUCAUUUGGCAUGGAGCCGUCCAGACUAGAGAGAAAAUGCCUACCAUAUUUUGCUAACAGGUUUCCCUUCAAGCAGCAGCAAGGUCCCCAAACUCUUAGGGUUCCGUGAGGAGGACAAGUUAGAUAGCUCGCCAUUUAUUCAUUUAUAUUUAAUGAUGAAAAUGAUAUAAUUGGUAUGAAGAGUAUUGAAGGAGAAGAAGUCAUGUUUUUAGACAAAAUUUCUGUAUUUGAGAAUAAGGAAGAAAAAAAGUUUAAAUAUGUAGAAGAAUGGAUGAAUGAAAUUGAAAAAAUGAUGAAAAAAACGCUGAGGAAGCUAAUGGUUAACUGUGCAGCAGAUAAAGGAAAUAAAGGCUACCUUCAGUGAAUACAAAGCUGGCCAUCACAGCUGAUACAUGCACUAAAUAUGGUGUUUUGAACAAACAACUGUGAGGAUGCUAUUAAAAAUUGUAAAAUAUUAUAAUUUUCAUAAAUUUAUAUGCAAAAAUUUUAAUAAUUUUAUUUAGAUCCUUUAAAAAUGGAUAUGAAUCCUUGAAAAAGCUCUUAUCAGAAGAAUCAGAUCGACUGAUUGAUAUCGUAGAAAUUGUCCGCCAAGACCUCUCAGACGAAACCAGGAUUACCAUCAGUGCAUUAGUCGUCCUUGACGUCCACAAUAAAGACGUCAUAGAAAGCUUAUACAAUAACAAAGUCAAAGACAUCAGUGACUUUGAAUGGCUUCAACAUCUCAGAUAUUAUCUCCAAAGUGACACAGUCUCAGUCAAAAUGAUCGACACAGAGCGCGAAUAUGGCUACGAAUACCUAGGAAAUCAAGGAAGACUUGUAAUGACACCUUUAACUGACAGAUGCUAUCGUACUCUUAUGGGAGCUAUUCGUCUCAAUUUAGGGGGCGCUCCAGAAGGCCCUGCUGGUACAGGGAAAACAGAAACCACCAAAGAUCUUGCCAAAUCCCUUGCUAAAAAAUGCGUCGUCUUUAACUGCUCAGAUAAACUUGACCACAUCUCAAUGGCAAAGUUCUUUAUAGGACUUUGCCACUGUGGCGCGUGGGCUUGUUUUGAUGAAUUUAAUAGAAUAGAGCAAGAAGUCCUUUCUGUAAUUGCUGAAAAAAAAAAUAAAAAAUUUUUCUAAUUAAAAAUAAAAAAAUUUUAAAAAAAAAAAUUGCUGAACAAAUUAUGAUGAUACAGGUCGGGCUUAUGAAAAAUAUGCCGAAAUUCAGGUUUGAGGAUGACUGGAUUAAGCUUGAUAACAGCUGUGCUAUUUUUAUUACUAUGAACCCUGGGUAUGCAGGGAGAUCUGAACUUCCUGACAACUUAAAAGCAUUAUUUAGACCUGUCGCUAUGAUGAUUCCUGACUAUUCCAUGAUAGCAGAAAUUUAUUUGUAUUCCUAUGGGUUUAAAGAUGCUAUACUGAUUUACUAUGAAUAGCCCAGUAAUAAUGAAGCCUAGGUUGAGCCAACAAAUUCUUAAUAUAUGAAAAAUUAAAAUUGAUCUUUUGAUUAAUUAGAUAAAUAGAAAAGUGGAAAUAGAGAGAGCCCUUGUCAUAAGAUCCUACAGCAUUGGAUAAAGGAAUCUUGGUGAUAAUUUACCUGAGAAAUUGUAAAUUUGAUUUCUUGAGUGCAUAUUUUUUCUAUCCCCUAAUGGCUCAUCAAAAAUGAAUUGGAAAGCCAUUUCUGGCCAGUGCAUGAAAUAAAAAUUUUCAUUUUCUAUUGUCAGUAUGAAAAAUUCUGAUCAAAAUGUAAGAUGACCACAUCAGAUAAAUGCUUUAUUAUGGAUAUUAAAAAUAUCAACUAUUAUAGCUUGAUUAUGUUACAUAUGACAUCGCAUCAACAGCUAAAAAUAAAAUUUAUUAAUAUUUUCUUUAAAAUAUGCUUGGAUUGAAACCAAGUGCCAGCCAGGCAAAUUUGGGAAGUUCGUCAGGUUCUAUCUUUAAUUUCGAUUGACUAUGAUGCAACUUAACAUGCUUAUAAGGAGUGAAAUAUCAAUUAUUAUAGCUUGCUGACAUCGCACAGACAGCAGGAGUUCAAAUCUAUUAAAAUUUUUAUUUGAAUGUACUUGGCUGGAGACCAUGUGUCAGUCAGGCCAAAUUUGGUAGUUCGUCAGGUUCCAUCUUUAAUUUCGAUUAACUAUGAUGAAACUCAACAUGCUUAUAAGUAUUGGAAAAAUCAAUUAUUAUAGUUUGUUAUGAUGCAUAUGAUGACAUCGCAUCAACAGCUAGAAAUGAUUAGUACUGAAAUUUUUGUUCAAAUGUGCUUGGUUGGAGACCAGGUGUCAGUCAGUCCAAAUUGUGCAGUUCGUCUGGUUCCAUCUUUAAUUUCGAUUAGCUAGCACUAAAUUUCAACCAAUAAAUUGGUAUUGAAAAAUCAAUUAUUAUCGCUUGUUAUAGUCAAAUGGUAUCGCACUGACAGCAGGAGUUCAAAUCUAUUAAAAAUUUCUCUAUGAAUAUGCUUGGUUUUAGACCAGGUGUCAGUCAGGCCAUUUAUGGCAGUUCGUCAGGUUCCAUCUUUAAUUUCGAUUGGCUAUGAUGAAACUCAAAAUGCUUAUAAGUAUCGAAAUAUCAAUUCUUAUUGCUUGAUAUGUUGCACAUGACAUCGCACCGACAUCAGGAGUUCAAAUCUAUUAAAAUUUUUGUUAAAUGUGCAUGGUGGAGACCAAGUAUCAGUCAGGCCAUUUAUGGUAGUUCGUCUGGUUCCAUCUUUAAUUUCGAUUGAAUAUAACGCAACUUAAAAUGCUUAUAAGUAGUGAAAUAUAAAUUAUUAUAGCUUGAUAUUAUGCAUAUAGCAUCGCAUCAACAGAUAGAGUUCAAAUCUAUUAAAAUUUCUCUUUGAAAUUAUUUGGUUGGAGACCAGGUGUCAGUCAAGCCAUAUUUGACAGUUCGUCAGGUUCCAUCUUUAAUUUCGAUUAACACUGAUCAUACUCAACAGGGUAAUAAGUAUCUAAGAAUCAAUUAUUAUCACUUAUUAUAGCUUCUAGCUGUUCAUGCAACAUAUUAAGCUAUAAUAAUUGAUUUUUAAAUAGCAUAAUGUAUGUUGGCAAUAAUGUUAGCUAAUCAUCUUUCAUAUUUAUCAAAUUAAAGAUGGAACCUGACGAACUGCUCAAUUUGGCCUGACUGACAACUGGUCUCUAACCAAGGACAUUCAAAGUGAAAUUUUAAUAGAUUUGAUUUCCAGCUGUUGAUGCGAUGUCACAUGCAACAAUUCAAGCAAUAAUAAUUGAUAUUUCGAUACUUAUAAGCAUGUUAAGUUUCAUCAUAGUCAAUCAAAAUUAAAGAUGGAACCUGACGAACUGCACAAUUUGGCCUGACUGACACCUGGUCUCCAACCAAGCACAUCCAAACUGAAAUAUUAAUAGAUUUGAACUCCAGCUGUUGGUGCGAUGUCAUAUGCAACAUAUCAAGCAAUAAGAAUUGAUAUUUCGAUACUUAUAAGCAUUUUGAGUUUCAUCAUAGCCAAUCGAAAUUAAAGAUGGAACCUGACGAACUACCAAAUUUGGACUGACUGACACCUGGUCUCCAACCAAGCACACUUAAAGAGAAAUUUUAACAGAUUUGAUUUCCAGCAGUUGAUGCGAUGUCAUAUGCAUCAUAACAAAGCCAUAAUAAUUGAUCUUUCAACACCAAUGUGUAUGAUCAAUAUAAUUACUAGUUAAUCAUUGUCUCUACUAAAUUAAAAUUAAAGAUGGAACCAGACGAACUGGCAAAUUUGGCCUGACUGACACCUGGUUUUCAUCCAAGCACACUUCAACAGAAAUUUCAAUACAUAUCAUUUCCAGAUGUUGGUGCGAUGUCAUAGGCUACAUAUCAAGCUAUAAUAAUUGAUCUUUUAAUACCCUUGUGCAUGUUGAGAUGUAGUGCUAUUGAAUCGAAAUUAAAGAUGGAACCUGACGAACUACCAAAAUUUGGACUGACUGACACCUGGUCUCCAACCAAGCAUAUUCAUAGAGAAAUUAUAAUAGAUUUGAUUUACAGCUGUUGAUGCAAUGUCAUAUGCAUCAUAGCAAGUCAUAAUAAUUGAUUUUUUCAAUACUUAUAAGCAUUUUGAGCUUCAUCAUAAUCAAUCGAAAUUAAAGAUGGAACCUGACGAACUAUCAAAUUUGGCCUGACUGACACCUGGUCUCCAACCAAGCACAUUAAACAGAAAUUUUAAUAGAUUUGAACUCCAGCUGUUGGUGCGAUGUCAUAUGCAACAUAUCAAGCUAUAAUAAUUGAAAUUUAGUGCCCAUAUAUAUGUUGAGAUGCAGUGUUAGUUAAUCGUCUUUUAUGAUUAAUCGAAAUUAAAAGAUGGAACCUGACGAACUGCCAAAUUUUGCCUGACUGACUUCUUGCUUUUAUCUAACUCCCCCCCCCCCUCCGUGAGCGAACAAAAAAAUUUGUUCGCUCACGGAGGGGGGUUAAUUUUUUUUUUUAAAAAAAAUUUAUAUAUAAAUUUUAUAAAAAAUAUUUUUUUCGAAAUUUAAAAAAAUCCUAAUUUGCAAAAAUUGGGAAGCAAAUAUUAAUUUAAUUUGCAAAAUUUAUGUUUUAAAAACGCAAUUUGUUUAAAAUUAAACAGAAUUAGCUCUAGAUUUCAUUAUACUAAUUAUCACUUAUAUAUCAAAAUUUUUUUCCAUUAAAAUUUUUUCUAUUAAAAAAAUUUUUUGUUCACUCACGGAGGGUGGGUUUUUGGUCAAAAAAUGGCGAUUUUUCUAAUGGUUUUGUUCGCUCACGGAGGGGGGGGGGGGAGUAAGCACAUUUUAAAGAAAAAUUUAAUAAAUUCGAUUCUCAACUGUCGAUGCGAUGUCAUAUGCAAUAUAUUACACUCAAUUAUAGAUAUUUCAAUACCCAUAAUAAAGCCUUUAUCUGAUGCUAGUCGUCUUACAUUUUAACCAGAAUUUUCCAUACUGACCAUAGAAAAUUGAAAAAUUUUUAUUUCAUGCGCCGGCCAGAAAUGGCUUUCCAAGUCAUUUUUGACGCACCAUUAGGGUAUAAAUAAAUAUGCGCUCAAGAAGUCAAACUUCCACCACUUCUCAGGUAAACCAUAAACUAAGUUAAAUUAAACACAGUUUUCUUAUUCAAAAAUUAUCUCCUUAUUAUUACGAUUUUCUAUUUGUCUCAUUUAUCAAAGGCUCAAUUAUAUUUUUCAUAUAUAAAGAACUUGUUGGCUCAACCUAGGCUUAAUUAUUACUGGGCUAUUCAUAGUAAAUAAUUAUAGAAGACUUGCAGUAAAAUUUAUAACAAGCUUAAGAUUAGCAAGUGAGCAGCUAAGCAGCCAGAAGCAUUAUGAUUAUGGGAUGAGGGCUGUAAGCACAAUUAUUAAGAGAGCUGGAGCUUUAAAAAGGGAUAGGCCAGAAGAAGACGAAGACCAAAUUGUUCUGCAAGCAAUACAAGAUAGUAAUGUCCCAAAAUUCCUAAUUGAAGAUGUUCCACUGUUUUUAGGCAUCACAAGUGAUUUAUUCCCACAGAUUGAAUUAGAAGAAGCAGAAAAUUCUGAAAUGAACUCACUCAUUUAUGAUGUAUUAGAAGAGCUUGGGCUUGUGUGGAAAAAAGAGUUUGUGACUAAAGUAUUGCAGCUUUAUGAUAUUAUACAGAUUAGGCAUGGAAUGAUGCUUGUAGGAAAUGCAAUGUCUGGAAAGUCGUCUAUAAUUAAAGUUCUAGAAAAAGUUUUGAGCAUGAAGAAUGCUUUUGAUGAUCCCAAAGCUAAUAAAGUCCAAAUAGUCUGAAUAAACCCCAAAUCAGUCACUUUAGAACAGCUCUAUGGUGAUGCCAACCCCUAUAACCGAGAAUGGGUCUAUGGAAUCCUCAGCCAUUACCUCCUGCAUUUUGUGGAAAGCCAAACUAACAACUUAAAAUGGCUUAUUAUGGAUGGGCCAGUCGAUGCUAUUUGGAUAGAAAAUAUGAACACAGUGCUUGAUGACAAUAAAAAGCUUUGUCUCAGCAGUGGAGAAAUCAUUAAACUUACCCCAAUGAUCAGCAUGCUCUUUGAAGUCGAAAAUUUAGAUCAUGCUAGUCCUGCAACCGUAAGCAGAUGUGGGAUGAUUUAUGUUGACCAAGACGACGUCUUAGGCUGAAAAGUAAUUUUUGAAAAAUGGCUAAAGUCUUUGCCAAUUGCUUAUAGAGCUCCAGCAUAUAUAAGUCUGAUAAGAGAAAUUGUAGGAUAUUUUGUAGAACCCUGCCUGAAUUUUGUAAUGAAUAAUAAAAGCUUCCCUAAAGUACUUGGAGUUUCAAAACUGUGGCUUGUCAGCAGUUUAUUAAAGGUUUUUGAAGCACUGCUGCUAAAAUCAAGCAAAAGUAAAGCCAAGCUUAAUGAUGAUAUUACUGAAUACAAUCGUAAGCAGACUGCCCAAGGCUCAAUCGUAAGGAAACAAGUAUCUAGACUUUCUUCAGUAGUAGACCAAGGCAGAACCCCGCUACGCAAACUGACCCAGAGAUACACAAAAAAAGAAAAUUUAUUGACAAGUGAAUUUGUAUUGAAUGCUAAAGAUAUAGGAAAAGCACAAAAAUCUGAGGUGUUGUGCUUUUUUUUAUUUGCGUUGACCUGGAGUUUAGGGUGUAUAAGCAAUGAAAAUGGGAGAAGCCAAUUCAGUGAAUUUUUAAGUGACCUUUAUUCUAGAAGUCUAGGUAGAAAAGGAGCAGAAGGUCUUGAUGCUUCUAAAGAGCUUGACGAAAUUUACCAUAAAAACAAUGCUUUUUCUAUGUAUUAUAACUAUGAAAAAAAGCUGUGGUCGACUUGGCAUGAAAUGGUGCUGAAAGCUCCUAACUCCCCCCCCGUGAGUGAACAAAAUCAUUAGAAAAAUCGCUAUUUUUUGCCAAAAAACCCACCCUCUCCGUGAGUGAACAAAAAUUUUUUUAAUACAAAAAAAUUUUAUGGAAAAAAAAUUUGAUAUAUAUGAUAAUUAUUAUAUUGAAAUCUAGAGCUAAUUCUGUUUAAUAUUAAAUGAAUUGCUUUUUAAAACAUAAAUUUUAUAAAUUAAAUUAAUAUUUGCUUUCCAAAUUUUGCGAAUUAGGAUUUUUUUUAAAUUUCGAAAAAAAAUAUUUUUUAUAAAAUUUAUAUAUAAAAAUUUUUUUUUAAAAAAAAAAAUUAACCCCCCUCACAAAAUUUUUUUGUUCACUCACGGAGGGGGGGGAGUAAGGAAAAAGUCCAUGAGCUAAGCUCGCUAAUUGUCCCUACUGAAGAUACAGCUGCUUAUUUGUAUCUGCUAAAUAAGCUGGUGCCAAGAGGAAACCAUGUGCUUAUUACAGGAGCCACUGGGACUGGUAAAAGUGUCAUCGCUAAUUCCCUCCCUGGAUUAAUGUUUUUACAAAAUUUUUAUAUAAGUUUUAUAGUAAUUUUUUUUAAAAAUAUCCUGAUUCGCAAAAAUUGGAAAGCAAAUAUUAAUUUAAUUUGUAAAAUUUGUGUUUUAACAUGCAAGCUGUUUAAAAUAAAACAGAAUUAGCUAGAGAUUUAAUUAUAAUAAUUAUCACUUGCAUAUAAAAAAUUUGUUGUUAAUUACAGAGGUGGUUUUUUGGGCAAAAAAUGGGAACUUUCCAAUGGUUUUGCUCGCUCAUAGAGGAGGAGUAAGAAAUUUAUAUAUGAGCUUGACCCACAGAAAAAUAUAAAUGUCAUGAGUACGUUAAGUGCCCAAUCAUCUUGCAAUCAAGUUCAAGAUAUUAUUGAGUCAAAAAUAAUUAAAAGGAAAAAAGGCUACUAUGGCCCUGAGCUCGGGAAACAUUGUAUUGUCAUGAUUGAUGACCUAAAUAUGCCUGCCAAAGAGCAAUAUGGUGCACAGCCAGCUAUUGAAAUAUUACGGCAAGCUAUUGAUCGAUGUGAGUGGUUUGAUAGAGAAACAUGUGAUUUAAAAAUACUAGAAGACAUGAUAUAUUUAGGAGCUAUGGGACAUCCAGGUGGUGGCCGUAACCGUAUUUCAUCACGAAUGACUCGUCAUUUUUGUUUACUUGAUUUUACAGAAUUUAACAAAGAAUCCUUAGAAAAUAUUUUUACCUCUUACUUGCACCUCGGUUUCCAAGAGCAUUCCCAAUUUGUUAAAAGUGCCAUAAUCUCUAUCGCAUCCGCCACAAUUGACAUCUACCACAAAGUACUCACCGCCUUGCCUCCCACCCCUGCUAAAAGCCACUAUACCUUUAAUCUGCGAGACAUCACCAAUAUUUGCUUAUGCAUUACUUCAGUCCCAUCAGUAAAAAUUCCUAUAAUUGAAGUCCUCUAUCGGCUCUGGAUCCACGAAUGUUUACGAGUUUUUUCUGACAGACUUAUUAACGACAAAGACAAAAAUAUUUUUAUUGGAAAACUCAAAGAAACUUUCCAGCAUUGGAUGCAUGAGGACUAUGAUAAUAUUACAGGCGGCCAUGAGCCUAUUUUUUGUAAUUUUAUAGAAGAGCCUGUAUACCAAGAAGUCAGUACGAUAGACGCUGCUAGAAAAAGGCUAGAAGUGGUGCUAUAUGAGUAUAGUAUUAAGCAUAAAGGAAAUGCUGAACUUAUUAUGUUUGACUACGCAGUUUAUCAUAUUAUAAGGAUAUCAAGGAUAAUUUCAUUGCCAAGCGGGCAUGCAUUGCUUAUAGGAAUAGGAGGGAGCGGAAGGGUUUCUUUAUGCAAGCUUGCAGCUUUUAUACAGGAAUAUAAUGUUUUCCAAAUACAAAUGUCGAAAUAUUAUGAUAUAGGAGAAUGAAAAGAAGACUUAAAAAACCUGUUUAAUAGCGCUGGGCAGGAAAAUCAAAAACAAGUUUUUCUAGUAAAAGACACUGAUUUAAACAAAAAUAUUUAUUUUGAAAAUAUAAAUAAUAUUUUGAACUCAGGAGAAGUCCCAAAUCUGUACACUCCGGAUGAAAAAGACUUUAUAGCUGAACAAAUGAGAGAAAAAAGAGGAAAUUCAAUAAAAACUUCUAUUGAGAGAUGGGAGGAAUUUGUUAAAAAUUGCAGGAAAAAUCUUCAUAUUGUGCUUAGUAUGUCAGAUACAGGGGAAAAUUUACGUCAAAAGUUAAGGCAGUUUCCGUCAUUUGUGAAUUGCUGUACGAUAGAUUGAUUUAAUGUGUGGCCGGAAGAAGCACUAGUGACUGUAGCAAAACAGUAUGUGAGGGAAAGCGGAAUUUUGACUGGGACUGACGCUGAAGAAGUAAUGGAUAAAACUUGUGUUUAUAUCCAUCAGAGUGUGCUGGAAUUUUCUGAAACUUAUUAUAUAGAAACUAUGAGAAGAAAUCAUGCAACUCCUGCUAACUUUUUGCAUUUGCUCAUGAAUAUUAAAGGUCUUUAUGAGUAUCCUUUUUAUAUUAAAAUUUAGUUUUUUUUAUUUUAUUUAAAUUUAGCUUGUAUUAAUUUAAAUUUUGUAUAUAAAAAAAGAAAACUACCAUGGCUCUUACUCCACACCAGUAAUAAACAAUUUCUUGCUCAUUCGUGGGAAUUUUUUCAAAUAGUAAAUUUAAUAGAAAAUUGCUUAUUAUUAGGAUAAAUGCCCAAACUUUGCAUUAAUCAGAUCUAUGCGGAUUAAAUUAAUAUUUAAAAUUUAUUAAAAGCCCCACGAAUAAGAAAGAAAUUGACUACUACUUGGGAUAGUUAGAGAAAAAUAUACGAUUGGGGUCCAGAAAUUAGACGAUACUCAAGAAAUUGUAGAACAGCUCAAAAAAGAAUUAAUUGAGCUUAAGCCUGUUCUAAUAGAAAGUGCAAGAGAAACAGACGAAAUCAUGAAAAAUAUUCAGCGGCAAAACGCUGAGGCUGAUAAAACUCGAAGUCUAGUUGCAGCAGAACAACAAGAGUCAGCUGUACAAGCAGAAAUUGCCGAAAAAAUGAAGCAGGAGUGUGAAGAAAAAUUAAGCCUGGCGCUUCCAGAGCUAGAUGCAGCCAAGCGAGCCCUUAAAACACUAAAGAAACAAGAAAUCAAUGAAGUCAGAAAAAUGCUAAACCCUCCUGUAGCAGUCAAGCUUGUCGUAGAAGCUGUCGUCAUAAUAAACCAAGAAAAGCCUAUAAAAAUCCCAGACCCCAACGACAAAUCUAAAUUUAUUUACGAUUUCUUUGAAGCCGGCAAAAAAAUGAUGAACAAUCCCAAAUUCAUCCAAUUACUAAAAAAAUUCAAUAAAGACAGCUUGACUCAAGAAGUAAUUGACCGUCUACAACCUUAUAUCUCGAACCCCAAAUUUGAGCCCAGCACUGUAAAAAAUGCAUCAAACGCUGCUGAAGGCCUCUGUAAAUGGGUUAUGGCUAUGGUAAAUUACUUUAAUGUCAGCAAAGAUAUAAAGCCUAAACAAGAAGCCCUUAAUAAAGCUAACGACACUAUGGCAGAAAAAUUCAAAAUUCUCCAAGAAAAAGAGCAGCUGCUUAAAGGUGUGGAAGAACAAAUAAGGAAUCUUAAGCUGCAAUUUGAAGAAAAAGACGCCAAAAAGCAACAAUUGAUAUCUGAUAUUGAAAAAUGUGAGCUUAAAAUGGCGAGAGCUGUCAAACUUAUAGAGAAAUUGGGAGGGGAAAGGAAAAGAUGGUCACAAAGGAUAACUGAGCUUACGGAAAAUAUGAAAAAUCUGCUGGGGGAUAUCGUUUUGUCAGCAGGGGUUGUAUCAUAUUUAGGGAAUUUUAUUGGCAGCUAUAGAGACCAAAUAGUGCAAAAACAGUGGAUUCCUUAUAUUUCAAGCCUGAAAUCAGUCACCUGCUCAGAAGAUUUUUCAUUAAAAGACGUGGUUGGUGACCCUCUUCUGAUACAAAACUGGAUUUUAUAUGGUCUACCAAACGAUAAAAUUUCCAUUGAAAAUGCCUUGAUCAUUGAAAGGUCCAAACAUUGGCCACUAAUAAUAGACCCACAAGGGCAAGCAGUCAAAUUUUUAAAGAAAAAAGCUCAAGAAGAAAGAGACCAGCUUGUAGUGACAAAGCCAUUUUUCGAAGAAUUUAUGACAACUUUGGAAAAUGCCUUAUUUGUAGGCGCCACUUUAAUUUUAGAAAAUGUCGACGAAAAAAUUGACCCAAUUCUUGAUCCUAUUUUAUCUAAAAAUUUCUAUGAAGAAAACGGUGUAAAUCUCGUAAAAAUCGGUGAUACCCAAAAACAGUGUGACCCCCGCUUCAAGUUUUACAUGGCAACUCGCCUAGUAAACCCUCAUUACGGCCCAGAAAUCGCUUCCCGUGUCACUAUUCUAAAUUUCACCAUCACCCAAGAAGGUCUCAUCGAGCAGCUUUUAUCCUUAGUCUGUAUGAAAGAGCUUCCAAAAGAGUCCAAAGACCGAAACUUCCUGGUCAUUCAAAAUGCCAGUUUUAUGAAAAAACUUCAAGAAAUCGAAGACCAGAUCUUAAAAAUGCUACAAUCAGCUGGAGAUACCAUUUUAGACGACGAAAAUCUGAUUAACCAAUUAACAGUUUCUAAAGACACUGCUGAAGAAAUAGAAAAAAAGCUGCAGACCUCUAGGACUAAUGAACAAAGAAUUCUUGAAUUCCAAAGCAAUUAUAGACCUGUCGCUGAUUUAAGCUCAGUCCUUUAUUUUUGUGUGUCUGAUAUGGUGAAUAUUGACCCGAUGUAUUUUUUCUCAUUAGAAUGGUUUAGCUCACUAUUUGUGAGGUCUAUUGGAAAGGCACAGGCUUCAAAAAAUAUACAGACCAGGAUACAAAAUUUGAUAUCGACGUUCAGACAGGAGCUAUUUUUAAGCAUUUGUAUGUCUUUGUCAGAAAAGGAUAAAUUUUUAUUCAGUUUUCUUAUGGCAAUUAGGCUUCUCCAGCAUGAUGGGCUGCUAGAUUCGAAUGAGUUUAGAUUUUUAUUGACUGGGCUUAGCGGGUUUACCUCAGAAGACGAAACCAGACAGCACCCGAUUAAUCAGUUUAAAGAAGCUUUUGAGGACAAAGUCUGGGACGAGAUUUGUGAGCUUUCUUAUUUAUCAGCAUUUUCCCAAAUUAAAGAAAAUAUUCAAAAUAAUAUAGAAGAGUGGAAAAAGUUUUCUCUGUCGACCCGAGAAUUCACCAAAAUUCCAGAAUUUGACGAAUUUGUACAAGACCUCCCAGAUCCUUAUAGCCAAGAAACUUAUUCUGAUAUAGAAAAAUUGCUAUUGUACAGAGUAAUCAGGCCAGAAAAUGUGACACAAGCUAUCUAUGCAUUUAUCAAAAAAUAUUUAGGGGAAUUUUAUUUAAAGCCUCCAUUAUUAAGCUUAGAAAACGCCUUAUCAGAAUCCGAGCCUUUGACACCGUUAAUUUUUAUAUUAACUAGUGGGAAUGACCCUCAAUCUAUCCUAAAAAGAUUUGCCUCAGAAAAUAACAUGAAUUUGACCUCACUGUCUUUAGGUAAAGCUCAAGGUGAAAAAGCAGUCAGGAUUAUAAGGGAAUCUAUUAGUUCAGGAAGCUGGGUGCUGUUGCAGAACUGUCAUUUAGCAUUAUCAUGGAUGCCAGAUUUAGAUGGACUAUUAGAAAGGCUUAUAACCGACAGAGAAAAAAAAAUGGUAACAAUAAAUCCUGAUUUCAGACUGUGGCUGACCUGUAAAAGUAAUGAAAAAUUCCCUAUCACAAUUUUACAACAAGGAGUAAAAAUUACACAUGAGCCUCCAAAAGGGUUGAAAAAUAAUUUAAUUAGCAUUUAUCAGAGGAUUAAUAUGUCAAAAGAGGACAAGCUGCUAUAUGAAAGCAGCAAGAAACCAGAGGAAUGGCAUAAAUUAUUUUUUGGGUUAGCAUUUUUCCAUUGCUUGAUAAGGGAAAGAAAGAAAUUUGGAGCGCUAGGGUGGAAUGUGCAGUAUGAGUUUAAUGAUUCAGAUUUAAAUAUAUCAAUGAGACAGCUGAAAUUAAUGAUAGACAACUACACAACAAUUCCUUAUAAAGCCCUAAACUAUUUAGCUGGGGAGUGCAAUUAUGGAGGUAGAGUUACAGAUGACUGGGAUAGAAGGACUCUUAAAUGCUUGCUCAGUGACUAUUAUAGAGACGACAUGCUAUAUGACCACCACAGAUUUAGUGAGUCUCCUAUUUAUUAUGCCCCUCCUAACUCAAAUGAUAUAGAACAGUAUAUCUAUUUUGUCGAAGAAUUUCCUUAUGAAGAAAGUCCUCAGGUGUUCGGACUCCACGAAAAUGCCAAAAUUACCUAUGACAGAAAAGAAACCUAUGAUUUAUUCCACAGGCUCCUAAUGCUUCAGCCACGCGCCCACGUUGUCUCUCGUGAAAACGAAAAAAACGAAAUAAAUGCUUUGACUGGAGAAAUUUUAGGACUAUUAUCAGAAGAAUUUGAUAUUAAAGAAGCCAAAAAUAAAUACCCAAUAGUCUAUGAACUUUCUAUGAAUAUUGUGCUUGUCCAAGAACUUCUCAGAUAUAACAAUUUAUUAAGAAUCAUCAAAAAAACAACAGAGGAGCUGAAUAAAGCAAUGGCUGGAGAAAUAAUCAUUACAGAAGACCUAGAAAACAUGGCAGCAAGCUUAUUAAGAAACCAAGUCCCUACUGCAUGAAUGGAAUUUUCUUAUCCUUCAUCUAAACCACUACUCAGUUGGUCCCGCGACCUCGGAAAAAGGCUAUCAUUUUUCCAAAAAUGGGUCAAUGAAGGCCCACCUAGUGUAUACUGGAUUUCAGGUUUUUUCUUUACCCAAGCAUUUUUGACAGGAAAUCUUCAAAAUUGUUCAAGAAAAUACACCUUGCCUAUUGAUUCUUUAGAAUUUACCUUUGCUAUUAAAGAUGAUAUCACUUGUGAUGAGGAAGGAAAUUAUAAAGCAGAAACUCCAGAAAAUGGCUGUUAUAUUCAUGGGCUUUUUAUUGAAGGAGCAAGAUGGAAUUCAGAAAUAAACCAAUUAGAUGAGUCAUUGCCGAGAGCACUUUUUUCAAGCAUGCCAGUCAUGCAUUUGAAUCCAGGAGAAAAAAGCAAAUCUGAAGGAAUUUAUUAUACUCCAAGGAAUGUGACAAAAUAUUUUGACUGUCCAGUUUACAAAACAGCAAAUAGGGCAGGAGUGCUGUCAACAACUGGGCACUCUACUAACUAUGUAAUGACUGUGAAAUUGCCAUCUGUGCAUCCAGAAAGCCACUGGGUUAAGCGAGGAGUUGCUUUAUUAACACAGCUUGAUGAUUAG